AUGAACGGCCUCAGCAUUGCCGAUAGCCAGCAGUCUGCUGCCCAGCAGCGCUCCUACAUUCCUCCUCACCUUCGUGGCCGUGCUCCCCCCCCCAGCGCUGCCCCCAGCGCUGCCCCCAGCGCUGCCCCUCCCCCUGCUGCGGCAGCAAACGGCGCUCCUCCUGCUCCUGCUGCCACCAACGGCGGCGGUUCCUGGUCUGGAAACCAGGGCGGCUAUGGCGGUGGUAGAAACUUCGGCGGCGAAGGCGGCGGCUACCAGGGUAACAACCGACGUGGCGGCUGGGGUGGCCGUGGUGGUUACUCUGGCGGUGGCGGCGGCCACGAGGGUGGCCAUGGCGGCGGCCACGGAGGUGGUUAUGCCACCCGCGGCUCCGGUGAUGGCCAGUGGCGCGAUGGCAAGCACGUCCCAGGCCCUGCCAACCCCCGCGUCGAGCGGGAACUCUUUGGUACUGCCGAUGACCCUUCGAAGCAGCACACCGGUAUCAACUUCGAGAAGUACGACGACAUUCCUGUCGAGGCCUCCGGCCAUGAUGUCCCGGAACCCGUCCACCAGUUCACCUCUCCCCCUCUAGAGGAGCAUCUGUGCCGCAACAUCGAGCUUGCCCGCUACAAGAUUCCCACCCCCGUCCAGAAGUACUCCAUCCCCAUUGUCAUGGGUGGUCGUGAUCUGAUGGCCUGCGCUCAGACUGGUUCCGGCAAGACUGGUGGUUUCCUUUUCCCCAUUCUCGCUCAGUCCUUCAUCAAUGGGCCUUCUCCCAUCCCUGGCGGUGCUCCUGGUCAGUUCGGCCGCCAACGCAAGGCCUACCCUACUGCCCUUAUCCUGGCUCCCACACGAGAGCUGGUGUCUCAGAUCUACGACGAGUCUCGCAAGUUCGCCUACCGCUCUUGGGUUCGUCCUUGCGUCGUUUAUGGCGGUGCCGAUAUUGGUUCUCAGCUCCGUCAAAUUGAGCGUGGUUGCGAUCUGCUCGUCGCCACCCCUGGUCGUCUUGUCGAUCUCAUUGAGCGUGGCCGCAUCUCUCUGUGCAACAUUAAGUACCUUGUUCUGGAUGAGGCUGAUCGCAUGCUGGAUAUGGGUUUCGAGCCCCAGAUUCGCCGCAUUGUUGAGGGUGAGGAUAUGCCCACCGUCAACGAGCGCCAGACUCUCAUGUUCUCGGCCACCUUCCCCCGUGACAUCCAGAUGCUCGCCCGCGAUUUCCUCAAGGACUACGUCUUCCUUUCCGUUGGUCGCGUUGGUUCCACCUCGGAGAACAUUACUCAAAAGGUCGAGUACGUUGAGGAUGUCGACAAGCGCUCCGUUCUCCUCGAUAUUCUCCACACCCAUGCUGGUGGCCUGACCCUCAUCUUCGUUGAGACCAAGCGCAUGGCCGAUUCGCUCUCCGACUUCCUCAUCAACCAGAGCUUCCCCGCCACCUCUAUUCACGGCGACCGCACCCAGCGGGAGCGUGAGCGUGCCCUCGAGUUUUUCCGUAACGGCCGGUGCCCCAUCAUGGUCGCUACCGCAGUUGCCGCCCGUGGUCUCGAUAUUCCCAAUGUCACUCACGUCAUCAACUAUGAUCUGCCCACGGACAUUGACGACUACGUUCACCGUAUCGGUCGUACUGGUCGUGCUGGCAACACUGGUAUUGCCACUGCCUUCUUCAACCGUGGCAACCGUGGUGUUGUCCGUGAGCUCAUGGAUCUCCUCAAGGAGGCCAACCAAGAGGUCCCCUCUUUCCUCGAGGCCAUUGCCCGCGAGUCAUCCUUUGGUGGCGGUCGUGGCGGUCGUUCUCGUGGCGGCGGCGGCGGCGGCGGCCGUGGUGCUGCUAACCGUGACUACCGCAAGUUUGGCGGUGGUGGCGGCGGCGGCGGCGGCUUCGGAGGUAACCAAGGCGGCGGCAGCUUCGGCGGUGGCCAGGGCGGUUACGGCGGCGGUGGCUAUGGAGGUAGCAACAACUACGGUAGUGGUGGUGGUGCUGGUGGUGCUGGUGGCUACGGCGGCGGCAGUUACGGCAACCCCAGCGGCCCUGGCAACCAGUCCUGGUGGUAA